AGAAUAGAUAGAGAGCUUCAGAAUCACUGCAAUGAAGUAGGAACUUGUUAUUAGAAAGUUGAUUGAUCGAGACAGUUGAGAGAAAGAGAGUGUGAGAGAGAGAGCAAAGUUCGAAGUUCGCGCAAGAGUAGUAUCCGGGGUGCACCUACAGUGCGCACGUAUCUCGCUGUUUGGUGUUGUGAAUCAAUGUGGAUGUAUGAACACAAUUGGCAGCGGUCGAUGACCAGUUGGGUUGCACGUAAGCACUUCGCCUAUGCCAUACAGGCAAUGCUUUCGAAAAUCACGUCAUCUGUAAUCUCGAUCGUUCUUUCACUAUAA